AUGGAUGAGAAUAUAGAGAGCCAUAGUCUUUCUAUUCUCUUGCAUUUCUUAUCUCCUUCUUCCACUUGGCUUUCGAUGCACUGUUCUGAAGCACGUCUAGAUACAAUUGAGGCACAGAGGUCAACGGAUAUGUCUCAUGACCAACGGAGACAAAGAUCCUUCCUCAUGAAAAUGAUAAACAAAGGUGCAUGCAUGAUCAGUUCACGAGGUUUGCCUCAAGGCCCGCAACUUAUGGAAGACACUGAAACUGUGCCCAAGUUCCUUACCAAUCUCAAACUGUCAGAUCUUAACAACCGUCCAGGUGAAGAUGUGCUGAUGAAUCCAGAGAUCUUUAGCGCAAUGAGAGGUGGAAACAUAGACUUUCUGAAGAAGAUGAAAACCAACGAAACAACACCAAUGGCAUGUUUGAAGAACAAUAAAGGAGAUUCCAUUCUUCACAUUGCUUCUUCUUGGGGUCAUCUUGAACUAGUGAAGGGGAUAAUCUCUGAAUGUCCAUCUCUUCUAUUGGAGAAAAACUCCAAGUAUCAACUUCCGCUACAUGUGGCGGCUGGUGCUGGUUAUUCAGCAAUUGUUAAGGUUCUUGUUGAGUCGCUAACGUAUUUUUCAGCUGGACUACAUGAAGAAGAUAAGGCGAACUUGAAUCUAUAUGUUAUGAAGGACAUAAACGGAGAUACUGCUCUGCACUUAGCCUUGAAAGACCUCCAUAAAAAAACAGAGGUUCGGAUGUAUCACAAUCGUAUCAGAUUGCUAAUAUUCAUGACUCACCUUAUGAAUAAAAAAGUAAUCAUUUCAUCUCCUGAUACAUCAAUACGGCAAAUGGAGUUAGCUGCCUAUCUAGUGAAAGCGAACCAACAGGCUUCGUUUCUUGAGAAUAAAGAUGGAGUAUCUCCCUUGUAUAUGGCCGUAGAAGCUGGUAAUGUCUCACUUGUGAAUGCAAUGUUGAACCUUCCUGGUAAUAACGUCCAGGGAAAAACCUUUGACUUAGCCUCGAUACUGGAAGGGAGAAAAUCACUUGUACAUGCAGCUCUAAAGGCCAAGAAUACAGAUGUUCUUGAUGUUAUUCUAAACAAAUAUCCUAGCCUUGUCAAUGAGCGAGAUGAAGAAAGGCGAACAUGUCUUUCGGUUGGGGCAUCAGUAGGGUUUUAUAAAGGCAUAUACAAGCUUUUAGUCCUAUCAACACCCCCAAAUGUUUAUGAAUGUGAUGGCGAUGAUAAUGAUGGUUCUUUUGCAAUCCAUAUGGCAGUUGAGAAAGGCCAUAUGGAUAUUGUUAAAGAGCUUCUGAAACGUUGUCCAGAUGCAAUAUACCUGCUCAACGAACAAGGUCAGAACAUUCUUCACAUCGCAGCAAAGCGUGGAAAAGCUGAAUCGUUUCUUUUGGGUUAUGUAAGGAAACUUGACACAAAAAAUCAUUUGAUUGAGGAGCAAGAUGUGGAUGGGAAUACACCUUUGCACCUAGCCACCAUACAUUGGCGCCCUCGGAGGAUGGAUGCAUCCAAAAAACACUAUGCAUAG